UACUUGCUCAAUGCAAUGUGAAGUUGUGUGAAAAGAUAAGGAACCGUUUCACUGUUCGCAGACCUGCCGAGAGCUUGCCUAAAAGUGAUUUCAUCGUUCACCAGAUCACAAGUUUCUUGCUGUCCGUGGAAAGGUUUGGAAUAACAUUCGAAUUUCUCCUGUUUGAGCUGAGAAUAACGAGGAGUAUACUAAAAAAGUUUGGGCAAAAUGGUGUCGGCGGAGACGAUUGGAUCGAUAUUCAUAAAAGUUUUUAAGCUGGUACUCAACAUAGUGGUACUGGUCCUGUACCGUACCGGUUAUGGCGGUGACUUCCUUGGUGUCGGUGGAACUUGGAACCUGAACGAAGAGAAAAGUCCAGACGCAGAGAUUGUGGCCUCGGGGGUGUUUGUCGGCUAUUUUAUCUACACUUCGGUACAGCUGAUUACAUUCGCCUUCGGAACGACGAAGUUGAAGCGCGAACUGUCUGACACUAUAAUGAAUGUGGUCGGUACCUUCAUGUGGGUGGCGGUAGGCGGUACCGCUCUCCACUACUGGCAUGGUUACCUUGCGGAGUAUGAUUUUAGACAUAUUUCGUCGGAACGAACGGCUGGCCUUGCUCUUGGCUCGCUCUGUGUCAUAUCCGGUGCCCUCUACCUGGCCGAUUCCGUACUGGCGUUCAUACAUUAUGCGAAGCACGAGAACAGCAAAUACUAAUUGAAGAAUGAAACGGGCGACUCAUUCAGCUUUAUUUUCCGCUAGAUUGUAAGCCUGAAUUAUUGCCGUCUAUCAUGAUUUUACCCAAAAACAUUAUAACCAGUAGCGCGUAGGUAGAUGUACAAACGAGAGGAAAAACUGUCAUAAUUCAUAUGUAUUAAGUAAGAUAAGCAGAGUAACUUUUCACCUACCCUUGCCGGACUUUACGACAAUUCUACUAGGUAUUGUUAAAAAAGUAAUUUAAGAAGUAAGCUACAAUUUCAACAGUAUGACCGUAAAUGACAUAAAUCAAUAGACCGGUUUAAGAUUGCGGUUCUCGUAGGCAAUAGAAACUAUAGCUAGUGAGCUGAACUUUAGGUUGACUAUUAUUUUUCCUGUAGUUCGCAUGAAAGCCAGACAAUGCUAAGAUAAGUGCCUCCCUCCUGACUUAAAUUUGUCGAAACUGUCAAUCAAAUAAACUCUUCAAUUUUAUAAUUAUUUUUAAUAAAUAGUUUUGUAGCUUA